GUCGCAUCAGUGCUGUACUGCGAGCACGGCUUGAUGAUCUAUUGUUCCUCUUUGCCAUGGCUGGUGAUGUCAAGCCUCCCCAUUAACUCGAUUAUAAACUUUACACAUCUUGACUCUUUGCUCUCACUGUACCUCCGCAUUUGCAUAAUUCAAGGUCCUUUCAGCGUAUGGCAGAACAUUCUCGAUGUAUACUUUUAGUACAUUGCACGCACAUCUUUUGUUACACCUCCGCAUUGCUCUGGGUCAUUAUUCAGAUGUUAUGAAAUGUCACAGACUGAAUUUGAUAUCCUAUACGCUUAUUCUCUGUGGACAACACCACGUGUCCAAUACCUGGUGUCACGUGAUGACUUCUAACCUUCCGUGUUAGUUUAACUACCCCAAACCACCAGGCAUUGUCGUGUCAAACUCCCUCUCUCUCGCAAAUUAUACGUCACCUAUAUUAUCUCACCACAUUUCAAGUACCCAUUUUGAUGCAUUAACUAGAUAAGUUAUACUUAUAGCCGCGUAUUCGAGAUAAUGUUUCAACUUUGCCAGUGUAGCCCCUUAUAUAUUUAUAAUUAAGUCAAAAUUAGAGAUAACGAAAAUGGUGUGACGCGCUACUAUUUCAUUUCAUUAAAAGUAAGCUGCUUACUGGCUUUAAAAACUUGGGUACUUUGCAUCCGUGUCACUGUUAUCAGAAACCGCACAAUUAUGAUUUAAUAAGUAAUCAAAUAAGGUCAUGAUUUAAGUAAACCUGUUUGUCUAGAUUGUGAAAUGCUUUAUGGCCCCCUGUCUUGAUUGCUCAAGAUGAGCUUACACAAUACUCAGUGCCAUUUUUAACACAAGUCAAUUGCAUUUCUCAAGUCUCCAAAUUCAUUGCUCGCUAUAAGCAUUCUACAGCGGUGACGUAACGUCCAGCGCUAAUACAUUUUAAAGUGCCAUCCAAUUUAGUGAACUUAUCACAGGACAUCGAAUUGUUGACAGGAGUUGUCAGAAUUGCUAAGAAUUUGCUGGAAUUUCUCUAGUCGUGUGACCCACGUGACCGCAGCUCCGGACUCACGUUGCCCUGUCACGCGACCUGUCUUCUGUUGCUAGCGUCCGGCUCUGUACGGCCUCCUGUCAUUCUUCUACAUAGCUCUCUAGAGGGCGUUGCUCGUCAGAUUUUGCUAGGUUUUUCCUUCAGGCCGCUUUUCUUGGGUGAGGUCAUAAAGCCAGCUUAAGUCAUCCAUCUGCCUGCCUACUUUUCAGUUCUCAUUUGAGCAUCAUCAUCAAUCAGUUUUGUUCAUAAAAGCCUUGUAUACAUGAGUUAUUGAGUUGGACGGUUAUUAGUUAUUUGUUCUUGAGACCUGUCCGCGUAUUAUUUGCACCUGUCACUGCACAAGCAGUUGAUUUCUUGAAAACAAGCCACCUAAUUUUCCCAACUUUGAGAUUCAAGUGUUAUCUUACACCCGAUAAUACUUAAUUUGUUUUAUUAACAAAUUUACAUUUUUAGAAGUAACGUUACUCUCCUCUUCUCUUGUUACGAAACAAUAUGCGAGAAGUACUAUCAAUUCACGUUGGACAAGCUGGAUGUCAGAUCGGUAACGCCUGCUGGGAGCUCUACUGUCUGGAGCACGGUAUCCAGCCGGAUGGAACCAUGCCUGGAGAGAAGACCGUUGGAUCUGAUAACGAUUCUUUUAACACUUUCUUCAAAGAUAGCCAUUCCCAUUCUACCAUGUUCAAUGAGACAGGUUCUGGAAAGCACGUGCCUCGUGCCAUUUUCCUCGACUUGGAGCCAACUGUUGUAGAUGAAGUGAGGACUGGAAUCUACAGACAGCUUUUCCACCCCGAACAGCUCAUCACUGGCAAGGAAGAUGCCGCCAACAACUACGCUCGUGGUCAUUACACCGUGGGCAAGGAGAUUGUUGACAAAUGCCUGGACAGAAUCAGGAAACUGGCUGACCAGUGCACCGGUCUCCAAGGAUUCCUCGUCUUCCACUCCUUCGGUGGAGGUACCGGAUCCGGAUUCACUUCUCUUCUCAUGGAGAGACUGAGCGUGGACUACGGCAAGAAGAGCAAACUUGAGUUCGAUGUUUACCCUGCACCCCAGAUUUCCACCGCUGUGGUUGAGCCCUACAACGCCAUCCUGACCACUCACACCACCCUCGAGCACUCUGACUGUGCCUUCAUGGUCGACAACGAAGCCAUCUACGACAUCUGCCGACGAAACCUGGACAUCGAGCGACCUAGCUACACCAACCUUAACAGGCUGAUCGGACAAGUUGUCUCCUCCAUCACUGCUUCUCUCCGAUUUGACGGUGCUCUGAAUGUUGAUCUCAACGAGUUCCAGACUAACUUGGUGCCAUACCCUCGAAUCCACUUCCCUCUGGUUACCUACUCUCCUGUCAUCUCUUCCGAGAAGGCAUACCACGAGCAGCUGUCUGUCAACGAGAUAACUGCCUCUUGCUUCGAGCCUUCCAACCAGAUGGUGAAAUGCGACCCCAGACACGGAAAAUACAUGUCUUGCUGCCUACUCUACCGUGGAGAUGUUGUCCCCAAGGAUGUCAACGCCGCCAUUGCUACUAUCAAGACCAAGAGAACCAUCCAGUUCGUUGACUGGUGCCCUACUGGAUUCAAGGUUGGCAUCAACUACCAGCCACCAACCGUCGUACCCGGAGGUGAUCUCUGCAAGGUACAGAGGGCUGUGUGCAUGUUGUCCAACACCACCGCCAUCGCUGAGGCCUGGGCUCGUCUUGACCACAAGUUCGAUCUUAUGUACGCCAAGAGAGCCUUCGUCCAUUGGUACGUAGGAGAAGGUAUGGAAGAGGGUGAGUUCUCUGAAGCUCGAGAGGAUCUUGCUGCCCUUGAGAAGGAUUACGAAGAGGUCGGUGCUGACAGUAACGAGGCACUUGAUGAAGAUGAAGAUGAUGAAGAGGAUUACUAAACAGAAAACAUGAUGACACGAGAUCCUGUCACGUGCCGCACGUGAUGGUUGAACUCCGUUUAUGGACCUCCGUUUGUGGACCUUCAUAAUGAACAAUUCCAAUGACUCUUAUUCUUCUGAAGACUGCGCCGAUCUAGCUAUCUGCUAUCACCUUGUCUUGCCCCUGCUAAAAUGAUCAAUGAGUUUUUGUCUAGUAAAUUUUAUGUUGCAAUAUCUUUCUUAGAAAAUUACAUGAAAUCGAA